UCCUGUUAAUCAGGCAGUGUUCCAUGGCAGUUACUGGCAGUUGUUGUUAGCUUUUAAGCUAGCCAGGAGUUGUAGUUGAGCCUGAGGUCUUCUUUAUCACCUUUUUGGGGUUUUCUUGAUGGAAAUUUACCGUUCUUUCUCUCAGAGGUGUCCUGGACCAUCCAUCUUCGUUGUUUUCAUAGGUUUUAACAUAUGUUGUUAACUUAAUUGUGAAGAACACUACAAGUCCAAGAUGUAACUUAAGAGUGCAUCUUUCUUUCUGCCAACUGCUCUGGUUGCUCGGCAACAAGACGAAUAGAAAAGAAGAGUAUAAUCUGGCUCUGCUGAGAGUAUGCUUCCAUGAUUUAGAAAAAUAAACUUCCAACACAUAUUAAAGUACCAUGGGUCAGCUGUUUUCUUCAGAAGAGGAGCUUUCCCAGAUGAAAGAUGCAGUUGGUUCUCUCCUCUUCAAAGCCAUGUUUGAAGGCGGUGCUGUGCCUCACCUUAGUGUCGUCCACCCUCUUCUUUUAGCCAAUCCCAGCGAGAGCUCUGAUUCCCGGGCCCGCCUCCAGGAACAAUUGCAACAGCUGCAGAGCAACAUUGGGAACAGGGCACCCACAUAUCUGAGGGAUUUGAUAGGCAGACUGUCAACCUUCUCAGAAGAGCCACGUGUGGCUGGCCUGGUGGGAUUAGUGGUUACAAUGGUGAUGGAUAUGGCCUACUCAUCCACAAAACAGUCAUCUGGUGUGAAAGAGAAGUCAGCAGGAUCAUCAUCAUCCCAGCAGAGAGUGUGGGAGCUGCAGGAAGUGAUGGAGGAGUACCUGAAGCGCUCUAGGAUUAACCUGAAUGACAAAAGCAAGCUGAUCCAGGACUUCGUCAGAUUGGAGGCCCAGAUCAGCUUCACUCUCACCCAGCUGAAGAAGUGUCUGCUAGGGGGAGACUGCGACUCCAGGUCUCUGAGGCACUGGGCCAGUGGAGCAGCAUUUCACACCCAGAUGUUGCUUCACCUCGCAGUUCUUGAGGGUCAAACUGAGCCUCUCUCUGCAAGGGCAGCACUGGAGCAAUACAAUGAAGACCUCACACAAAUUAUACCUGCAUACAGGCGCUUUAAGUCAAAUACACUCUGUGUCAUGAAAUGUCGAGGGGGUCUGUUGGCAUCAGAUGAACCGUCCAGUGAGAUGCCAGAGGAAGGAUCCAUGACAGGACUCACGGUGACAGACAGAGAGAUUGGAAAGAGUGUGACCAUAUCUCUUUCUGCCAUGGAGACAGAGACAGAGAGAAGAAGGGGAGUUUCUGGGCCUGAUGACACCUCUGCAGCUGGGUUCACCUCCAUUAACCUGGACCUGAUCAGCACAGAUCAGUACGCCCAGGCAUACUUGGACUGUCUGUUUUCUGAUAAGGGACCCGUGGCAGAAUUGGAGGACUACUUCCUGAAGGCUAGGAACAACCUGAGGACACUAAGGACUGAACCAAGAUGUCAAAACAAGACCGAUGUAAGAAACGGGAUAAAACAGUGUCAUGAUACGCAACUCAAAGACCAGGCAGAGGGCAUGAGUGAAGAACGAAGAGAAGGUGGGGGCAGAGAUGGUAAAGAAACAAAAAAGGAAGUGAGAGGAAGACAAGAGGAACUGGGGGAGCUGAGAGAUGAGAGGUUGAAGCUGAGUAUUGUGGAGACACAACCUGAUGAGAGCCUUGGUCACAGUCUUCACAGUACAACAAGCACAUGAUCAGACAGCUGCAAUUAUAUGUGUCAUUAUUUUGAAAAGAUAUAAGCAACAGCAUUUAUUGAGAAUGCUUGAAUAAUGGCUUGAUUGACGUUGAAUGGCCAUUUAUUCUGAUUUCUUGGCAAUGCUUAAUUCUUUUUUAAGAUUUACUUUUGGGCCUUUUUGUGCCUUUAUUAGAUAGUGGAGGACAGUGGAUAGACUCAGUAUCAGGGUUGCCUCCCUGUGGAGGACUUCCGGGCACAUCUAACUGGGAGGGGACCCAGAGGCAGACCCAGAACUCAGUGGAGGGUGUUUGUAUCCCAUGUGGCCUGGGAGUGCCUCGGAAUCCCGCUGCUGGGGAGAGGCAUGUCUGGGUUGACUUACAUUGCCUACUGCCACCAGAAUCUGACAUCAGAUAAGCAGAAGAAGAUGGAUGGAUGGAUGGAUGAUGUCUUUGCACUUAAUUUAUCAUUAAAAUAAAAGAAACACUGAAAUAAAUCCAAUAAAAAUAUGAUAAAUUAUCGCAUUGAAAGAGUGACAAGACAAUAUAAGGCAGUACAGGAGAAUUUUCAUUUUUCCAUGAUGUUUAUUACUACAUAUAGUCAGACAGACGUCCAUUUCUGGGGGCAGUUAAGGACUCUACUCCUCAUGAUGCACACAUUUAUUUUUGAACUGUCCAGUAGUCUUUAUUCUGACUUUUAAAGAUGAAGUAGUUACAGUUCUGAAACAGCAUAGCCGUGGCAAACAGGUUUCCAUGGUUACUGAUUGCUACUGUAACAGAGAUUUCUGUGCUGCUGAUUUCUGUGCCGUUUCUGUGAGAAACAGUAACAUAUUGAACACCUUCACAACGGCUGUCUAACUGUGUUAAAGGCAGGACUCUGUUUUCUGUUUUUUUUAACCAUCAAAGUCCUGGACUUGGCUGAAAAUGGACUUAAAUCACUCAGAUGUGGCUUUACAAGCACAUCUACCUCUCUUCCAACCUGUAAAGACCAUCAGCCUCCCAUGUAUGUGAAAGGAAAUGUAUGGUGAAAAUAGAGGACACUUUGAGUGACGUUCACAGGAAACAUGGUACUUUCCAUUAAGUGUUUCUCUCGGCAGAGGUUGAAAAUGCUCUCUCUCUCUCGUUCUCUCGCUCUCUCUCUCUGUAUGAUGGUGUGUGGUGCAGCAGGUGGGCGGGCGGCACAGAAAGAAGCUCUUGUGUGGUGGAGCUGGCAGUGCUGUGUUAAUGCCAAGCUAGGGAAGGAGUGUGUGUGUUUGGAGUUUUGUGUGGGUGUGUGAGGAAGAAUUAGGAAGUGUUUGUGUAUAUUUUUAAUAGAUUGAGUAGGAUUAUGUGGAGAUGUAAAGAAUUAAGCUAUUUCUGAGUGUUGUUGAAAAUGGUGGAGAAAUCAUAUGUGUGUGUGGCUCUGUAAAAAGGAAGGUGUGUGAGUUACUUUGAAAAUAAGUGCUAAUAAUAAUGGCAGCACAGGGAGAAAGAUGGAGAGUGGAACAAGUGGUUGAGUGUUUUUUUUUCUUCUUUGUGUUUGUGUGUCAGGUCUCGCUAGCUAUCAAUGAGUCACACUUCACAGCUUCAAUUACUGCUCUCUGCUCUGCUAAUGCUGUCUGAUUGGUGUUAUUACUCUCCCGCUCUUUUAUUCUCUUCCACCAUCUCCAUUUUUCCUUUUCUCCCUCUAGCUAUCAGUCUGGUGGGACUUUAUUAUACAGUGUAAUGUAACGCUGACUGGUUUUAUACACACAUAAAAACAGUCAUGUAAAACACAGAUACCAAACAGCACAAUAAA